GCAGGCGGAGUGACCGACAUGUCCAACGAUAGUAUUCAUUGGGAAGCGAGAUACCUACCAGCAGGACCACCACGUUUGCUGGGAUGGAAUGUUCCCGCCGAAGAAUUAGUUCAUAUACCGGAACAUUGGCUGGUCUUUCCCGAGCCGAACCCCUCUCUUCAUUAUUUAUUGGCCCUAUUGUACAUUCUUUUCACUUUCCUCGCUUUACUUGGCAAUGGCUUGGUGAUAUGGAUCUUUUGCGCUGCCAAGUCACUGAGGACCCCGUCAAAUAUGUUUGUCGUGAAUCUGGCUAUUUGCGAUUUCUUUAUGAUGAUCAAGACACCUAUCUUCAUAUACAAUUCCUUUAACACCGGUUUCGCUCUGGGGCACUUAGGAUGUCAAAUAUUCGCGGUCAUCGGCUCCUUGAGUGGAAUUGCUGCUGCGAUAACAAACGCCGCUAUAGCGUAUGAUAGAUAUAGCACAAUAGCAAGACCGUUGGAUGGCAAGUUAUCACGCGGCCAAGUAAUCCUGUUCAUUGUGUUAAUCUGGACAUACACUAUACCGUGGGCAUUGAUGCCCGUAAUGGGAGUUUGGGGACGUUUCGUGCCCGAAGGCUUCCUUACUAGCUGUAGCUUCGAUUAUCUGACUGACAGCAACGAGAUACGAACCUUCGUUGCUACCAUAUUUACCUUCUCCUACGCUAUUCCGAUGACACUUAUAAUCUAUUACUACAGCCAGAUCGUCAGCCAUGUGGUGAAUCACGAGAAAGCGCUUCGCGAACAGGCGAAGAAAAUGAACGUUGACAGUUUACGAAGUAAUGCGAACACUAGUUCUCAGAGCGCUGAAAUUCGCAUAGCAAAGGCUGCCAUUACGAUUUGCUUCCUGUUCGUUCUUUCGUGGACUCCGUACGGUGUGUUGGCAAUGAUCGGCGCAUUUGGCAAUAAACAGCUCCUAACACCUGGCGUUACGAUGAUACCAGCAUGCACAUGUAAAGCUGUUGCUUGUUUGGAUCCAUAUGUAUAUGCUAUAAGUCAUCCUAAAUACAGGUUGGAACUGCAGAAGCGACUACCGUGGCUAGAAUUACAAGAAAAACCGAUAUCCGAUUCGACAAGCACCACAACUGAAACAGUGAAUGCACCACCGGCCUCGAGUUAGACCUCAACAGAAAUUGCUAUUUUUCGAGAACAAGAAAUAGGAAUUUAUUUGGCUCUCGUUCGGUACUUUGUAUCCACUCCGUUAAAAAUAGGCGGUCCUUGUAUAGCGAAAGCAACUACAAUAAAAUAAUUUC